AUGGCCCCGCGGGGGUGCCUCCCCCGCUGCCGCCCUCGGGGGAGCGUCCGCCCGCGGGGGCGCGCCCGACGUCCGCCACCACCACCGCCGCCUCCUGGCUCGGGGACCGGGGUUUCCCUCAGUAGCCCGGCACCGCCCCCGAGAGGACGCCUGCGGCUCGGACCGCCCCGCCGGCGCGGGGACGGCCGACCGGCCAACGGAGCUCGCCCCGCGCGCGGCCCGGAACGCCCCGCCCGGGCCCUCGCCCUGCCGCGCCGCCCCUGUGGGCCCGCUGCGGGCGGAGGGUCGGAGGAGCCGCCUCCCCGGAAGGCGCCCUCACGCCCCCCCCCCUUCGCUUUCUCGCUUUCGGCCGUCGCUCGCCGGGCGCCGACGGCGCCGCUCGCUCCGCGCGCGCCCCGGGGGCCGCCCGCGCUCGCCGCUUCCGAGCCCCCCCCCCGCCCGCUCGCCCGCGCGCGCGGGGGGGAAGGACGGGGAAGCGACCGAGGCGCCGACGGGCGGGGCGCGGCGGCGGCGGCGGGCCGCCGGCCGCCGAGCGACGAAAGACGAGAAAAAGAGGGGCGCGCGGCGCGCCUUCCGGCGGCGGCCCCGCCGGGGACCCUGGCCGCCCGCAGCCGGCGGGCCGGCGCGGAGGAGAGGGCCGCGGGCUCGGGCCAACUCGGAGCCGCGGCGCGGCCCGGCGGCCCGGCGCGGACGGCGUUCGGCGGCGCCGCCCGCCCGGGCUCGCCGCUGCCGGCGGGGACGAGGGCUCCGGCCGGCCGGCCGCGCCCCGCUCUCCGGCGGGGGACGGACCGGCGACGGACCGGCGCGGAGGGGAGGGCCGGCCUCCGGGGCAGCGAGCGCGCAGCUGCCGACCUUCGGCCGCCCGGCCGCGACGCGCGUUUCAGCUUUGCAACCAUACUCCCCCCGGAACCCAAAGACUUGGGUUUCCCGGGAGCUGCCCGGCGGGUCAUGGGAAUAACGCCGCCGGAUCGCCAGUCGGCAUCGUUUAUGGUCGGAACUACGACGGCGGCCUCCCGCGGGCUCGCCUUCCUUUCCCUCGCGCGGCCGCGCGCGCGCCACGCCGCCGGCCGCGGCUCGGCUGGGGCUGACCCGCCCCCGAAGCCGGCCCGGCCGGCCGGCCGGCGGCUCGGCCGCGCGGCACCACCGGACGUGCUAGAGGAGACGGCGACCCGACGAGGCGGGCGCGGCCCGGUCCCCGAGGCCCCUUCGGCCAGGGCGGCUCGCUCGGCAGCGGGCGGCGGCGCGGCGACCCGCUGCGCUCUCCGGCGCUACCUGCGGGCGGGGGGCGCUUCCCCCCGAGCCUUUUUCUUUCCUCCCUUUUCUCUCUCGCCUCUCUCUGGCUCGCCGUCGCGGCUCCGGCCGCACCGCCGCCCGGCGCUGCUCGCGGCCGGCACCCACGGGCGCCACCCGGACCCAGGCCGGCACCGGCACCUCGCCUGUUUUUACCCAAGGACACCUGAAAAGCUCGCGGGGCCGCGCGGCCGUCACACAGCUCGGUACGGUGAAGAAGCCCCUCCCCGGCGGGAGGGGCGACACCUCGCCUGCCACGGGAAGCCCACGGGCAGAGGAGACCGCCCGGCCCGAACACCGGCCUCCGCCGCGCCUCUCGGCCGGCCACGGAGGAGCGCCGGCCCGCCGGGGGCCCUCUCCCACGCCUCCCGAAAAGCCUCAUCCAUCGUCACUCGGGGAACGGCCCCACGGCCACUCUCGCUCAGCCUGCCACUACGCGGAGGACGGCACGUGCCCCAGGCCGCCGACGCCGGCGGCCCGCACGCUACUCUCCACGGCUCUCUCCCGGCCCGGCAGGAGGCGGGUGCCGCCGGACGCCCGGCUCCGGACAACCCACGCUUCCGGCCCCGCCGGGCCCACGGCCGCCCCCCGCAGAGCGGCACCUCCAGCGUGCGAAAGCGCCACCGAACGUGCCGCGGGGCCACCGGCUUUCGCCCGCCUCGCGGCCGUCGGCUUCCCCCAGAAAGGCCGGGGGACGGCGACGGGGAGAAAAACAAAAAGCCCCCGAGAAAAAAGCACGCGCGCCUCUCGCUCGCCGUGCUAGCCACGGCCGCCCGGGGCUCGGGGCGGGGCCCGCGCCCCUCGCUCCCCGAUUCCCUCUCGCUGCCCACGGGCUCGCGCCUCGGCGGCGGCCGGCCGCUGCCGGGCCGCUCUCGCGCUCUCACGCACUUUCUCUUCCCUGGCGCGCUCGGCGUGCUGCGGCUUAAGGCCGCCGGAGCAAAAAUCAAAAAAACGGAAAAAAAAGGCCGGGAGGGCGCCCCACUUCGCCCGCAACCCGGCCCCCGGCCGACAGACCUUCGCGGAACCCAGCCCUCCGGCAGCCAGGCCGGCGGGGCAGGCCCGACCGCACGGGCCGCCCGGCCGCCGUGGCUCUCGCGCCGGCCUAAGAGGAGGGAGGGGCGAGGCGCCGCCGCCUCGCCCGCCAACGGCCAUCGUGCGUCCCCAGGGCUCCCCGGCGACUCUGUCGGGUUCUCGGUCUGCCGGCGCGGCCGCCGGCCACAGCCUGGCCGGCCGGCGCCGCCGCCUUCGGCCCGCUGGGCGGGUCCCCGGCUUAGGGCCGAGGAAGGGGGAACGAACAAAAGAGCCGAGGCGUGCCGAGGGCGCCGCCUCGCCCGACCAUCGGGCGGUCCCGUCACCGAGCCCCUCCGGCAACCGGCCGGGCCCAGGCGAGGCCGCACGCCCACCGCCAGUCCCCGGCACGCCGCCGGCACCGCUGCCGCCCGGCAGCCGAGGACAGGGCGCCGCCACCCAGGCCCGGGCCAUCUUCGGGGCUCUCGGGAGGCGGCCGGGGAAAAAGCCCGCGCAGGCUCGGCCCUUCGAGCCCCGGCCGCCAACCGCCCGCAACAAUGCCCGCCGCCGCCGCCGGACGACGGGCGCCGGCUUAAGGCCGGCCCACCGAAAGGACGAGACGCCGCCGCCUCGCCGCCCUCGCACACCAUCGCCUUCGCCCGGGGCCCUCGGGGAGCCGGCAGCCGCCACCGGCUCGGGCUGGACGCUGCUGUCGGGCCCCCGCGGGCCCCCCUCGGCCGUCCCAGUCCCGCACUCCCUCGGCUGCGCUUUCGCGCUCGGCUCUCGUCUUCCUCUCCCGUCAUCGGGCCCGCCCGAGGAAGCCGGUCGAGAGCCCCGCGGCUUUCUCGCGCCGGCCUUCCUGCCGCUCGUGGGGUUGGCCGGCCCGUGGCACGCGCCGAAGGCCGCGCGGCAGCAGACGCGGAAGAAAAGGGGCCCUCGGAACCCGCGCUGCUAGACAACCCCUGCCCACAAUACGGACAGACGCGUCCUGGCGCCGCCGCGCCUCCGAAGCGGCUCGAGGCUCCUCAGCGGGGAGGCGCGCGAGAGCAGGCCGCCUCUCGCCUAGACCUAACCGGAGGCGGCGCCCGACAGCGACCCCUUGGCCGACUUCCGGGGCCGGCCGCGACAACAGGUCUACCCCGAAAAUGCCGACAGGCGCCUAAGUCCCGCCGGAGCCGGGUAGACCUGGUGGCCCUGCGCCGGGACGCCGCCGGGGCGCGGGCCGCCUGCGGCGGCCGCGGCGGCCGCAUCGGCCGGCUCCGGAACCGGGUAGACCUGAUGCUCGCCAGCCCCGGAACCGGGUAG